UCUGUGUGGUAACACAGUGAACACAAAACGUCAGAUUUAAUAUAAAAAUAUUUACAUUUACCUAAAUCAAAACAUUUCAUGAUUUACUAUUAUUAUAAUUUCAAUUAUUAUAAUUUCAAUCAAUUUCAAUGGAUUCAUUAGGUCGUAACUUUAAUCUCCAAAGGAAUGGCUAAUAAAAAGCUUAUACUAUUUGUGACUGAAACCUUACCCGAUAGCAGUAACGAUAGUGAUUCUAGUAGCUGGAGCGAUACAUGCGGCAUUGGAUCCGAGUUUUCGGAAGAUGACGAUGAAGAAGAUAGAUUAUUUUUUCCACUUAUGCAAUAUUUAGUAAGAUUAAGAAGAAAUCGCGUUGAUGACUACUUGCAUAUAGUAGAUUCGUGGACAGAUACUGAAUUUAAAAAUCGUUUGAGGAUAUCGCGAAAAACAGCUUAUCGUCUUAUUGAUGAAUUGGAAAAAUCAGGAUUUAUAGCAUCACAUAAAUUUGGACUUAAACCCUUGGAACCGAAACUAUGUUUUUAUAUAUUUUUGUCUUUUAUAGCCAACACAGAGCCCCUUACACCUAUAGCAUCAAGAUUUGAUAUCUCAAUAUCUUCAACAUUUCGCGUAAUAAGAAGGGUAGUAGCAUGGGUUUUAACAAAAUUAAAUGAGGCUAUAAAAUGGCCACAAGACUUUGAUGAUGUCAGAACAAUAUGUGAUAAUUUUCAAAGCAAAACGGGUAUAUCUAAUAUGUUGGGAGUUAUUGAUUGUACCCAUGUAAGAAUUGAGAAACCAAAAAAUGCAAGAGAGUAUUGUAAUCCAAAAGGAUAUUUUUCAAUUAUUUUGCAAGUUACAAUAGAUGCUAAUUUAUGCUUUACAAAUAUUUACUGUGGAGAACCAGGGUCAUCGAACUGUGCAAGAGUUUUGAAGAAGUCCCCUUUGUAUCAUACAGCAACUCAGAAUAAAAAUGCUCUUUUUCCUCAUAAUACAUUUCUAGUUGGACAUUCUGGAUACCCAUCUUUGCCAUGGUUGGUACCUCCCUUUAGAGAAAACAAAAGAUUAACUAUGGAGCAAAGGGAGUUUAAUUCACUCCAUGCAGCUACUAGGAAAUUGAGUGAUAAGGCUUUCACUAUCUUAAAAAAUAGAUUUAGAAGAGUAAAACUAUUUACAGUGUAUAGAAAUAUAGCCUUCAUCACAGAUACAAUUGUAGCUGCCUGUAUAUUACAUAAUUAUUGCCUUAAAGAGAAUGAUCACUUGGAAGAUAAUUAAGAAAGCACAAACAAAACUGAUAUAGAAAAUUAAUGAAAACAACUUAAUAGUAAGACUUAAACCUAUAUUUGGCCCAGCCAAUAUAAACUUUGCAUUAUAUUUAGCUCUGUACAUUAAUAAUUCAUAUUGCUCAUACAAAUUUGUAUUUUAUUUAAAUAAAUUAUUGGUCUGCCAA